CUGCAAAGUAGCUAAAGUGACAGCACUGGAUUGGCCCUAGAACAGAAGAUAAUGAAACGCCGAUCGGGGCAAACAAAGCCAGUGCUCCCGAUCCGAAGGCAAAGCAGGAAAGAUCAGGAAAUUAGCAGCAGGAGACUGGAUGACCGGGGUCGCCAACUUAUCCUACUGGAGGUCAGAAGGUGAUCCAGUUCGUGCCGACGACGCCCGGUUUUUUAAAAACUCAGAAGUUGAUCCAACGCUCAUGUACUGGAACUUGGAAAAGUGAAACUGAUAAAUAAGAUGCCAACUACACAGCACUCGCCGCAAGAUCACUCCCUUGCCCACUCUCUCGCUCAAGGACACGUCCUGGAUAAGAACGAUGCCAAGGAAUCAGAGGGUGGCGAGGCGGGCAACAUGCCCAACCUUUCAACAUUGUCCCUGGGCGAACUGAAGGAGCUGGACAGGGAUCCCGAGUUCUUUGACGAUUUUAUCGAGGAAAUGUCCGUAGUGCAGCACCUUAACGAAGAGUUAGACUCAAUGAUGAACCAGGUGGAGAACAUAUCAAGGGAGAACGAGAGCAAGGGCAACCAUUUGGUAGAGCUGAAGCGCCGUCUCAGUGAUGAUUACACAGCACUGAAAACACUGGGCGAGAAGUGCGACCAGCUAAAUAAGAAAUAUAUGAAGAAGUCGGAGGAAUAUGCUCCUCAGCACAUAAGGGAACUCCUUCAGAUUGCUGCUUCCAAUGCCGAUGCCGAUUGUGAUAGGCAUGUGGAGCACUUCUUGAACGGAAAGAUCGACGUACAGACGUUCCUCAACACUUACCAGAGCUCCAAGAAGAUUAGCGCCGAGCGCAAGGCCAAGGAGGAGCGCUUGGGCACCCAGCUGAGUGCCUUAGAGCGGGCCGGUAUCUAGGAUAAGUGCCGGGCCAUGUAUAUGUGUGUGCAAUCCACUCAAUGUAUAUUUCACUCCUCCCUCCGCCACGAGUCGCAAUAAUUGAGUCUAAGAAGGAUAAUGAACAGAGAAACCAAACCGCACCGAGUAGAGAUAUGGAGCCAGAUAUAGAUGGCAUUGGGGAUCCAAUUCGAUCCCCGCCUAUAAACAGAAAGCAAAACCGUAGGGAAGCAAUGAUAAACACUCACUUAUAGCUGCUAUAUUUAAACACGUGUAAAUCGGUGGAGUGGCUUGAAAUUCUAAUUAUACCUCCAUAACGGGAUGCCUAUGUGAAAUGUCCGAGUUCCAAAUCCAGCCCCAAAUCCCAAUCGCAUGUAUUACCCAAGGCUUUAUUUUUUUUUCGACUUUUAUUUUGUCCCAUGGCCAGCCCAAUCGAUAUAUUUGUACUAUGUAUAUUUAAUAAACUAUUAUUGUAUGA